CAACUAACUUUGAUGCUUACCAACAACCUUCACCUCCCCACAACUCCACGUCUACACCUCACAACGAACCGAUACGACACGAUACAGACGCUUACGACUCCUCUGAGCAUAAUUCUAUGUCUCAUCAUCUAAUUCAGUCUUGCUGCCAUAGCGCAUUUGCUUAGCUUUCUCUACUUUAAUCGCCACACUUUUCAUCUGCUUCGCCCUGGGCGGCCAUUCACUGUAUAAGUGUUCACUGCCUCGGGUGAUAUUCAGGAGGCUUUAUGCCGUGAAUACGAUAAGAGAGAACACACUAUAUCUCCAAUUAUAACCGUCUAGUCCUCGAUACCUCGCAUUCUAAGUCUUACACCACCUACCCAACAUGGCUGAAAACAGUGACCCUCUCGAGAUGUUUGAGGCGGGAGGGGAUGAAGAUUUUGAACAUUUUUUCGAAGGCGCUUACAGACAACGGCAAAAUGCUGGAGAUCAACUAUUUCUUCCACAUCCCAAUGCACCCGCUGCAUAUCACAAUACACGCCACACUCGCCGCUCACGAGCUGUUCGAAAUUCAGCACUACACCAACAGCCGCAAGAAGCCACCCCUGUGAUCGACCUCACGGAAGAGCCUGAUUCUCCUGUGCAAUCGCGAGCUAGACUCGACAUCCUUCAGCCCGCGAGACCACCUGCAAGGAACCCGCGUAGAACGAAUUCCCAGCGCAUAUCACCGCCUCAGCUAGCACGCACCGAUGGUACUUUCGUGGGACGUGCAGAGAAUGUUAUUGACUUGACUGCGGAUUCACCUGAAGAAGAUCGAUCACAUUUCAGAGGGAGACGCGAAGUGCCUAGGCCGGACGAGCUGAUCGAGCUGGAAAUAAUAAGCCAGCGACCAGCUCUGGGAUCUCUACCAAACUUUGCUGCCUUUGGCCCCUUCAGGAGAUUGGCUGGUAUCUUUGGUGCAGCAGACAUAGCUUUCAACCCACCAAACCUUGACAUUUCACGCAACGCAUUCGCACGGCAACCGACCCCAAAGCCACAGAUGUCCCCGCCGCCCCCAACACGAGAAGGGUUCACUCGCAAUACCUGCACCGACCCGGAGAAGGAGUCUGAAAGCGUGGUUAUCUGCCCAGCCUGUAAUGAGGAGCUGGCUUAUGACCCAAGCGGCACAGUGACACAGAGCUCUGUGGGUACGCAGAAGGGAAAGCGAAAGCGAGCACCGGGAGAACACCACUUCUGGGCCGUCAAGAAGUGCGGACACGUCUACUGUGCCGAUUGUUAUGAAAACAGAAAGCCUACGAAGGCGAACCGCGAUGGCGUAGGCUUCCGAUCCCCUGACGGGCGACCUGCGUCCGCGACUCCAAAUGAUCUCCGAUGCGCAGUGGACGGUUGUGAUACCAAGGUAUCACAAAAGUCGGAAUGGGUUGGAAUCUUCCUUUGAUUUGCUGGCCUAAGAACCUCACUUGUGGUCGGUCGUGGGAGUUAGGGGCAACGAAGUCACGAAUGACGAUAGGGAUACUGCGAGCAUAGCAUUGGCGUUAAGGAUUGUAUCUUAUCAGACACUUUUCCCCCUGAAGUCGGCAGGGCUUGUUUUUUACAGUAUAGCGGUGAUAUAUGUGAUUUCAUGGUGAGGAUCAGGGGUUGAAAGUAAGGAUAGCUUGGUCCAAGAGCAUCACUAAUCCUUAGACUAAGGUAAACUUCUCAAGUAAAACAGG